UUUCGCUAUUGCCUAUCAAACUCCAAGAUCGUGACUUUUAUCUUGUCCAGCUAUUAUUAAAGAGGGGGAACUGUCAUUGAACGCAUUGUUUUCUUUAAUAUUACAAUAUACUACUGGUACGUGGAAACUCUACCACCACAGGAUGAUGCAAGGAGGGAGCAUGCAUCAAGGUACCGACUGGAGGAUAACAGCAGACGACAGAGCCAAGCAUGAUAGUCAAUUCAACCAGCUCAAGCCGGUCAAUGGUUUCAUUACUGGUGAUGCUGCAAGAGGUUUCUUCAUGCAGUCAGGGCUGCCACAACAAGUACUAGGUCAUAUAUGGAUGCUGUCUGACAUGAACUCUGAUGGCAAACUUGACAAGCUGGAGUUCUCCAUCGCCAUGUAUCUCAUCAAGAAGAAGCUGAGCAGGGUAGAGCUCCCCAGGACGCUACCAGCGAGUCUCAAGCAAGCUCCAGCCCCUGCAAUGCCUGGCUUCGGUGUUCAACCAAUUGGAAUGGUGAGGCCAAUGCAAGGCUUUGGUGCCAUGCCAGCAGGAGGGAUGCCUGGUGUAGGGGUGAUGCCAGGUGCAGGCAUGCCAGGUGCAGGGGGGAUGCCAGGUGCAGGGAUGCAACCAGGCGGCUUCAACACUCUACCAAACAGACCAACACCUAAUAUGGGAGGUUUUGGAGCAGGUACUGCCCAGCAGAAUGCAAUGGCAAGAGCAGGAACGGUUCAGGGUUCUCCAGAGAGGGCGCGUGCCUCUUCCAUAAAUGCUGACUGGGGUGUACCGCACAACUCGAAGCUCAAGUUCACCCAGAUGUUCAACACACAGGAUAGGACCAGGAGUGGGUUCUUGACGGGGGCUCAGGCCAGGAACAUCCUGGUCCAGUCUGGCCUAGGACAGGCCCAUCUAGCACAGAUCUGGGGCCUCUCUGAUGUGGAUAAUGACGGGAGACUGACUUGCGAGGAGUUCUGUGUGGCCCUUCAUCUCGUUGACAUGGUCAAGACUGGGAAGCCCCUCCCCGCCAAGCUACCCCCUGACCUUGUACCCCCAUCCUACCGGCGAGGCCGCUCCUCUAGCAUAACCUCAUCGGGGACAGGAGGGGCACCCCCUACCCCUGCCCCAGCUCCUGCCAUGCCCACCGCUAGCAUGAUGGCUAGUCUCGGUGGUAUGGGCGGGGCACCCGUGGGUGGUACCAUGCCAUUUGGCGGGGCCUCGUUGGUGGGAGGCGCAAUGAUGGGUGGUGGGGGUGGUGGUGGUGCGAUGCCCGGUGCGAUGCCCGGUGCUAUGCCCGGUGGUAUGCCCGGUGCAAUGCCUGGUGGUAUGCCAGGUCAGGGGGGGUUCGGGGCUCCUCUCUCCCCUGCCCUUGUUCAGCAGCAGAGUGUGGAUGAGCAGCAGCUACCCCUGGAAGAAGAAAAGAAACUAACGCCAGUAUCAUUUGAAGACAGAAAGAGGCAGAACUUUGAGAAGGGUCAGCAAGAACUUGAAAGAAGGAGAGCAGCCUUGAGAGAAGUCCAAGAAAGAGAAAAGGAAAGGCAGAGGGAAAUUGAAAGGCAUGAGCAAGAGAGGAAAGAAAGAAUAAGGUUGGAGCAGGAGAGGCGGAGACAGCUGGAGUUGGAGAGAAUGAUGCAGAAGCAGAGAGAAAUUGAAGCUGAGAGAGAAGCUCAAAGGAUGAAGUUAGAACAGCAGAGAGAGGCCGCGAGGAGAGAGCUGGAGAGGCAGAGGCAAAUGGAGAUCGAGAGACAGAAGAGACAAGAACUGGAAGCCAAGAGGAUCAAAUCACAGGAGGAGGUUUGUCAUCUCAAGGCAACUAGGAAGACGCUAGCGUGUGAGAUUGAGACACUGGAGGACAAGAAGAAUCACCUGAAUAUGAAACUCAGCGAGAGUCAGAACUUUGUAAAAGAACAUCAGACAUCGAUCAUCCUGAUGGGCCAGAACAGGGACGUGAAGGUGGCCGAGAUCGAUCAACUUCAACAGAGAAUACAGGAAGUAAGGCAAUUGAAGCAACAGAGAGCACAGCAGAAAGAAGAACUUCAAGUCCAAGCUAAGAAACUCAAUAUCAACACUCAAGUCUCGGAUACAUACGCAGCAGUGAUGACGAGUUACGACAACAAGCAGAAGACGCUGGUCAGGAUGAGGGCUGCGCUGGAGGAGGUCGAGAGGAAGACUGCAUCUAGUCUGCAGGACACUGACAACAAUCACUCAAAACUUUCUGAAUUGAAAGCAAAUUUGGUCAGAGAGCAGAAUGAGACUGAUCAGUUGCAGAAGCAAUUAAAAGCCAAAAUGACCGACUUCACUAUGAUGAAAAAACGCCUCGAAGACCAGAAGAAGCUUUCACUCGUAAAGCAGAACCAGCAGAAUGAAAAAAUAAGGCACGACGUGAUGCAGAAGAAGAAGGAAGAGGAUGAGAGUAAGAAGAAGUUUGAUGCCAUCAGGCUAGCCCAGCAGCAAGCAGAGAAAGAGAAGGCAGAGUCAGAGAAGAGGAGAAAAGAAGAGGAAGAGAAGAAAAGAAAGGAGAGUGCCAAGAAAGCUGAUCCAUUUGCUGCAUUUAGCUCCGCUGAUAAUGAUCCGUUUACUUCAGCAUUUGACAGCAAUGAAGGCACAAAAACAGAUCCAAGUGACCCCUUCGCUGCAUUUUCAGGUACUGGCUCAGUGCAAUCAACCAAACCAGAUUCGGAGAAGAAAGAUCCCUUCGGAACUUUUGCAGAUUUCUCCACAUCCUCAUUUGACUUUGGUCAACCUUUCAAGCCACAACAAUCGUCCACAACUUCCAGUAGUGCAACAACAACAACAAGCUCUGCCAGUCUUGCCACUUCUUCUUUCACUCCAACACCGCAACCACGAAGGGUAACAGCGCCCUCUACGAAUGCAGCGAUCAAGCAGCCCUCCUCACAGCCGAGUACGCUCACGAUCCAACCCACGGUGGAAGCGGUCGUCGCGUCCCAACCAGAGAAGAAAGAGGAGCCUUCGUCAGCUCGAGAAGCGCCCUCUACAACGAAGCCAGCUCCACUGCCCAAAGACCUCAAGACGGUGCUGUCACAGUACAAAGCCCUUUAUCAAUUUGAUGGAGAAGGACCGGAUGAAUUGUCCAUCAAACCAGGGGACAUCAUCUUGGUUGGUAAGAACCAAGGAGGUGAACCAGGUUGGCUCGGGGGUGAACUUGAAGGAAGGACAGGAUGGUUCCCAGAGAAUUAUGCAGAGAAACUCCCCUCUCCACCCACCACGCCUAGGAAACCAGAAAACAAUGGUGUCAUCGGAAAGACAGAUACACCAAGCUGGUCUAGCUUCGGAGACACAAAGAAGAGUGUUGAGGUGAAGCAGCAGUCUGCUCCUACCCCUGCUGCCGUCUCCGCUGCGAUCUCCACCACAGCAGCCAGCCUGACCUCCUCCGCUCCGGCCGCAUCCUCCAGUCUUACGCCCUCUCCAGCUCCAGCAAAUGCAGCAUCGGCCGCAAAGUCCAGUCCGUCCCCCGCCCCCUCAUCUCAGGAACCGACGACGCCCCACUCCACGCCCGUCUCCGAGAUCGAGUCCGCCCCAGCCCCCUCCUCCAGGUCUGUUGCUUCACUCACCGCUGCAUUCAGUGCCGCUGCGGUGGCCAGCACUGUCCCGCAGGUCAGCAAGCCAAAGCCCAUCGAGAAGGAGCAGGUGGCCAGCACUGACCAGGCCGUAGCAGACGAUCCGGUUUACGAUGUGAUAGGAGAUAACGAUUCCAAAGUCCCGGCAGCUAAUAGUCCCUCAUCUUUCACAAAGGUUGUACCUCAGACAGGAGCCACUCCGUCACCUGUUCCAAAUCAGGGUACGAUACCACCAGCUGGUACCCAGGUGAAGGCCCUGUAUGACUGGGAUGCUAAGAAAGACAACCACCUGUGUUUCAAGGCUGGUGCCACCAUUACUGUUCUGGAGAAGCAGGAUAUGUGGUGGUCUGGAGAGAUAGAUGGCAAGCAGGGCUGGUUCCCCAAAGCCCACGUCCUUGAUGAGUCACAACCAGAGGGCAGAAACCACAAUUUCCGCAAUUCCGCGGACAGCGAUGCCAUCUACGCCAACACUCCCAAACCCCAGCCCGACGAGCCAUUCGCCUUGUAUGCCAACACCCCGAAGGUGACCAAGCAACCGAGCCCCCCACCAACAUCACUGCGGCAACAGGUGCUAAAGGCUCCAGUAGUUGCCGCAACUGUGGCAGCAACACAAGAGAAUAGCGUCCCACAGAAAGGAGAUCCAUCAGGACAGAAACUUGAAGAAUAUGUAGCCCUGUACACCUACUCGUCGGAUGAGCCAAGCGACCUCGCCUUUGAUGCCGGAGAGCGCAUCACGGUCACCAAGAAAGAUGGGGAGUGGUGGACGGGUCAGGUCGGUAGCCGGGAAGGCAUCUUUCCAUCUAACUAUGUGCAGAUGGCCCAGCCUGAGGGAGAGGGGACAUUGUCCACUACCGGUCAGUCUCUUGCUCCAGUGGUUCCGGCCGAUGUGGCAUCAAAGUCUGGAUCUUUAUCUAGGAAACCAGAGAUUGCUAAAGUGCUUGCCUCCUAUGAAGCAACAGGAGCAGAGCAGCUCAGCCUGACCGCAGGACAGCUCAUCAUGGUCAGGAAGAAGAAUGCUAGCGGCUGGUGGGAAGGUGAACUACAGGCUAGGGGUAAGAAACGUCAGAUCGGCUGGUUCCCUGCAAACUAUGUAAAGCUGAUGGAAUCAGCUGGCAAGGUCACUACUCCGGGCGAGACUUCUAAAUCACCCAGUAUCUUGACUCCACCUUCGCAAGCAAACCAGAGACUGACACCAGGCAUUGAUAUGGUAUGCCAAGUCAUCACCAUUUACCAGUACGCCCAGCAGAACGAAGACGAACUCUCCUUCCAGAAAGGCAUGGUCAUCAACGUCCUGAGCAAGGAGGACCCUGAUUGGUGGAGAGGGGAGCUCAACGGCUCCGAGGGCGUCUUCCCGUCCAAUUACGUGCAGGAGCUCGGGGACAGCAAGAGUGCUCCGGCCACGGACUGGACCCAUGAUGUGCAUCUGCUGGAGAGUAUGAGCGAGAUGGAGAAACAUCGACAGAGCAGAAUACAUGAAUUGAUUCAAACAGAACAGGCCUACGUAGAUGACAUGCAGCUGGCAGUUGAGGUGUUCCAGAAACCCAUGUUAGAGUCUCAGAUAAUGACCCCUCAGGAGAUGGCUGCCGUCUUUGUCAAUUGGAAGGAACUCAUUCAGUGCAAUACAAAACUACUCAAAGCUCUUAGGGUGAGGAAGAAGAUGAGUGGUGAGAACCAACCCGUCCAUAUGAUAGGAGAUAUCUUGUGUGAACAGCUCCCUCGCAUGACACCCUACAUCCGUUUCUGCAGCUGUCAGCUGAGUGCAUCCAGCAUGCUUUCAAAGAAGAUUGAAAGUGACCCAGACUUCAAAGAGCAUGUCAAGAAACUAGCCACGGACACCCGGACUAAAGGUAUGCCAGUGAGCAGUUACCUGAUCAAACCCAUGCAGCGUAUUACAAGAUAUCCGCUUCUUACGCAGAAGAUUUUGAAAUACACACCAGAAAUGCAUGCCGACUACGCCAACAUCAAGACGGCAUGUGAGAAAGCAGAGGAGUUAUGUCAACAGGUCAAUGAGGGAGUUAGAGAGAAGGAGAACUCAGACAGACUGGAAUGGCUGCAGAAUCACGUAGACUGCACUGGACUAGCAGAGGAACUGAUUUUCAACUCACUCACUAACUGCCUAGGCCCAAGGAAAUAUCUCCACUCAGGGAAACUCAAUAAGGCAAAGAGUAACAAGGAGCUGUUUGUCUUUCUCUUCAAUGACUUCCUUCUCUUCACUCAACCCAUCAAGUCUGGUCUACCUAUGCCUUUCACAACAACUGAUAACAAGAACGUCAUGGAAUACAAGAUGUACAAGCAUCCUCUAUUCUUGAAUGAAGUGGAGCUGAAGAUUCCCAGUGAUGCAGCAGCAGAUGACUUUAUCUUUCACAUCAAUCACAUAGACAAGGUCUAUGCUCUGAGAUCAGAGAGUAACAACGACAGGAAUCGCUGGAAGGACAGGAUAGAAAAGGCUUCCAAACACUACAUUGAAACUGAGAAGAAGAAAAGAGAAAAACUUCAAAGAGCUCGGUCUCAGAGAAGUAAAGGUGUAGGACGUCUCAUGGUGGUCAUCAUAGAGGGAUACGACUUAAAACCGUCCAAUUCAGUCACAGGUCGCGCUGACCCCUACUGUGAGGUCAGCAUGGGGUCACAGGAGCACAAGACCAAGGUGGUACCUGACAACCUGAACCCAAUCUGGGAUUCCUCCAUGCAGUUCAUAGUGAGAGAUCUGGAGCAGGACGUGCUCUGUAUCACCGUCUAUGAUAGGGACUUCUUCUCCCCCAACGAUUUCUUGGGAAGGACCGAAGUGAGAGUAGCAGACAUCCUGAAAGAGACCCAGGGAAGGGGACCGAUGACCAAGAGCCUCUUACUCCAUGAGGUAUCAACGGGUGAGGUCAAGGUCAAGUUGACCCUUCACCUCUUUGACCAGUCGUGACCUUUGACAUCAGCCGGGGAAAAUAUCCAUGUUAGCCUACCAUGAAAGGUCGGAUGAUUGUCUGCCUUAUACUUUACCGAAAAUGUUAACUCUGUAAGGGAAAUUGUGCAUUUUAUCCUUUUUUUGUUGAUAUUUCAUCAGGUUUUUUUUUUAAGUUUUGACCUUUAGCAUCAGCCUGGGACAAUGCUAGCCUACAAUCAAAGGUCAGAUGAUCAUCUGCCUUAUACUUUACAGAAAAUAUUAACUCUCUAAGGGAGAAUGUGCAGUUUAUCGAGCAUUCUUUAUAGAUACGUCUUUGAUUUUGGUGGCAGAAGCUGCAAACACUCUUGAAAAUGCAUGAAUAGGAUCAGCCUUUGCAACGUAUCAUAUUUUUAUCAAAUGUUUGAGAUCAUCAAGUCCUUUGACUGCAUAGCACAUAAUAAUAAUACUCAGUUUUUA